CAUCUUUUUUUAAUGCAGGACAAUGUCAAGAGUAUGGUUGAAAAUUGUCUUGAAUAUACUAUGAACAAUUACCAGAUCUGUACAGAACCAGUCUCAAUAUUGCAGGCUUUUCAACUAUCUCUGUGUUGGACUGCUGCUUCUUUGCUAAAUCACAAACUUGACUUUGAAGCUUCCCUCAUGCUUGCAAAGCAGCACUUGAAUUUUGACUGCAAGAAAGAAGUGGUGGAUGAAAUCAAUUCCAGGCUCUGGGGUCUGAAGGAAAAAUUUUUAUUACUCGCAGAAAAUUCUAAUGUUGCUGGCUAUCCAAAAGCUUCCGAAUCACCAAAUGGAAUUUAUUCAUAUAUAGACGUGACACCAGAGGUCGAAUCAGUAAAAAAUGAUAAUUCUAAAACUAUAAAAAACGUUCAGAGGCGUAAAAGCCAGUGGAACAAGCUAUUUCUGAUGCAACAGGAAGAGAAGCAAAAAUUGAAAAACGAUAUUGAGAAUGAAAUCACUGAAUUUCGGAGAAGGUACCAAAUAGAGUGGGCAGCUAUUCGAUCAUGUUUUCCCAAUGAUGUGAUGGCAAAAGAAAAGCUCAAGGUUUUCAAUAGUGAAUACAUUAAAAGAAUUAAAGAAUUGGAUAGGCAGCAUGAAAUACGUCUCAAGGAACUUGAGGCCAAGCAAUUAAAAACAAGGCUGAUUUUCCAAGAGUCUUCCGCAUCAGAUGAACUGUUACACCCAGUGGCUUCCAAAGAACUUGGGACUAAGGUUGAAUCCUUGCAGACUUGUGGUCAAGGCCAGCAUCAUAAUGCUUCGAAAGCCCUUGUGUGUGAUCAUGUUGCUGAAGGAAAGGGUUUCAAUGAUAUAAUUGAAGUCAUGACAAAGACUGGAACUGGUGUUGGAUAUCCUGAAGCUCCUGACACCAAUGCCUCUGUAAUUGUACCAUGCUGUAACCCUGUUGAAUCGCAAACUCCUCUGGUCAAACAUGCUGAUGUUAAUGAGAUGGACAUACUGGCUUCAGAAUAUAGACCAGUAUCUGGAAAUAAGUGCAAUAAUGCUGAAAAUGAACAUGAAAGUCAAGGAAAUAUCAUCUCUAAGCAUUCCAAAUCCAGAGAACAAUGUUCUGAUGGAGCUAUUAACAUGCCUGACAAAGGGCAAGGAUGUGUAAAUUUUAGCCGUGAAUCUCAUGAUGAUUUUGGGCAGGAUGGUGUAGCACGAGUUCUGCCUUCAUCUAAUAAAGGGAUUAGUGAUGGGGAAACAUUAGAUGUUCCCAGUGGAGAAGUGGCUCCUACGGUGUGUAAUACCAGCAGUUCAAACAAUGAUCAUGCUGAAAUUCCUUAUUCUAGGCAAGGAGAACUUGAUGGGACUAUACUGAGUGAACCUGGUUGUGGUCCAUCAGUAGAAGUUGAGGCUAAUGGUUCCAAUGAUGGAGCAAAGAAUAUACCCCACUUGAAUUCUCGAUCAUCUGAAGAACAUAUCCCAAGUGUACAUACCAUGUGCACACCAAAUUGUGAGAAUGCUGCACAAGUCCAUGAGGCUGAUGACAAUCAUGGUUCAAAUAGUGCUGAACCUUUGAGAUCAGCUUUCUCUGAUGAAAGGAUUUCCCCCUGGAAUUCAAAAUCACCUGAAGCCCAUGUCCAUAAUGAAAAUGUCAUGUGCAUGCUAAGUUGUGGGAAUUUUGCACAGAUCCUUGAGGAUGAUGGUGGAAAUGGUUCAAAUAAUGUCAUUCUGAAUUCGCCUUUGAUGGAUGAGAGAAAUGCUGAUGGGAUCACAGUAUUAAAUAGAGAUUCGCAUGUGAGAAUGCUUGAGACUGCCAAUUGCUCUCCAUCCAGAGAGCAAAUAUCUGUAGUUGCAGUAGAUGUCUCAGUUCUAGAUAGUGUGUUGUCAAGGCCACAUGGAACUGUUAAUCCCAGCAAUAGCUCUGAUGCUAAUGCUAUUCUUCCAAAUCAACCUUCUUUACAACAGCAAAGUCCUGAUAGAGUCUCAUCAAGUAUACCUGCUGGUCAAAUUCCAGUUGAAGUGUCAGAAACUAGUCAUGAGAGGGCCACUGUAAAUGUAUUAGAUGGGAAGGAAGUUGUGGGAAUACCUGGCACAGUCAAUUGUACCGAUUAUCCUGAGAAUGUAACUCUGAGUUCUUCAUCCAUGGACCAAAUACCUAAUGCAGGUCCAGUAUUUGAUGGAGAUUUAUUAUCAGGGCCUUGUACUACAAGCCCAAGCAAUGGUCGGACCCUACAUGGUAACCAAAUUCCUGUCUCAGUGCCAGAAAAUAGCAAUGAAGAGGCUGAAUGUCAAUUAAUAGACAGUGUGGUGGUGGAUAAAAGUGCCACAUCAGACCAACAGGAAGGAGUACGUAAUACCAUGACAGAAAACAGUUUGUCCCAGGAGACCCCGGUAUCUAGACCAGGUGAUCUCAUGGAGCCUAUAGAACAAGUGCAGCCAUUAUCAUCUGUAGAGUCUCCACCUGACAAGGAUACUGCUAGAGAAAUGCAGGAUUCUUUGGUAUCUAGUCCUGUUGAUAUUGUACCAGCUAAUCAAUCCAUUAAUGAUUCACUGGUCAUUGAGCCUCCAGAGCAGGAGGGGCAAUUACCUUCUGUAGGUUUUCUUUCUUACAACCAGGACCUAUCUAACUUGCCCUUGGUAACUGAAACUGAAGACCAGCCAUCCAAUGAAGAUGAUAUCCCCAACCACAUUCCUGAGACAUCAAUUGAGAUUCAAAAUCAAGCUGUUGUGCAGCAUUCCUCAAUUCCUGCCCAGCUGGAAGGAGUAUGUAGAACUGUGAAUGAGAACAGUUUGUCCCAGCAAACUCCAGUACCUAGACCAGUUGAUCUCAUGGAGCCUCUAGAACAAGAGCAGCCAUUAUUAACUGUAGUGUCUCCACCUGACCAGAAUACUGCCAGAGAAAUGCACCACACUUUGGUAUCUAGUCCAGUUGAUAUUGUACGAGCUAAUCAAUCCAUUAAUAAUUCACUGGUCAUGGAGCCUCCAGACAAGGAGGGGCAAUCUAACUUGCCUCUGAUGACUGGAACUGAAUGCCAGCCAUCCAAUGAAAAUGAUCUCCCCAACCACAUUCCUGAGACAUCAAUUGAGAUUCAAAAUCAAGCUGUUGAGCAUCGUGCCUCAAAUUUGGAACUUGACUCAUGUUCUGGUCAAGCUGUACAUCCAGCAUCAAAUAUGGACCUUGAUUCACUUCUUCCUGGCGAAGUCAGACUUCAGUCUUCAGAUCCAAGAAAAUUGUCGACUCUCACAGAGAUUAAUAAUCAUCCUAUACAACCUGCAAGCCAAUCAGCUUCCAGGAUUAUUCCAAAUUUGUGCCAUGAUCCUCUUAAAAAUGAAUUGGAAAGACUACGUAGACUGUCAGAGCAAAAUAUGAGAGACUAUGAAAAUAAGAAAUCACAAUUGAAGUGUGAUUUUGAGAAGGAACUUGAGGAACUAUGCAGGAAGUAUGACAAUAAACGUAAGGAGAUUGAGGUUGAAUUGCAGAAAGUAAGGAAGAACCUGGAUGCACAAUUUAACAUAGUUCUUGUAAAUAAGAUAUUGGCCGAGGCUUUUAGGGCUAAAUCCAUGGAUCUUAAAGUAUCUGGUGCUUCAGGAAUUCAGCAAGAUGCAAGUUUUGGGCAGCAAUUAUUUCAGCUUGUAAGUCAGCAAAAUGCCACUCGGCCCUCUCUGGGUCCUAGUCCUUCUUGUGGGCCUCCUGCAGGCAGCUUGCAGAGUUCCUUCGCUACAAGUACCUCUCAGACUAUGGUACCACCAAUACAGGGCACUCACAACAGUACACCGGGAAUUUUCUCCGGUGUUUCUGCAAGACUACCUCAUAUCAACUCCCUCUCUUCACCCUUGGGAAGUGUUCAACAUGUUGGGGAGAUACGUGCACCUGCCCCUCAUCUCCAGCCUUAUAGACCCUCAACAUCCACCCCAGCCCCACCCCCCAGUCUCUGUACAGUUCCACAUGGGAGGCCAAGUCAGCCUGCACCCAGUAACGCUCCUUCAACUUCUACCCCAUUUCCUCAUUGGACGCCCCGACCAAUGCCAGCGACUUUUCAGUCUGUUCCUCAUAGGGGGCAUUGGCCUGGGAGUACUGGUGGUUUGCCCACACCAAACUUACCUGCCUUGAAUUCUCGUUCUGAUGCUAGUAGUCAACCUGGUAAAAAUCUGCCAAAUGUUCGUCCACAUAUGUCAAAUUUGGCUUCAUUGAACCUAUCCAAAUUUGGCACAAGUAGUAGCAAGCCGGCUAACUCGGCUCAUCAAUCUACAUCACAUGAUGUAGUCUGUUUAUCAGAUGAUGAAUGACCAGAAGAAGUGUUCAAAUUCAAAUAUCUUUACGUAUUUGUCCUUACACUAGGCAAUGAUAUAGCUCUUUCUUUUCCCUCGUUUUGGGGGUUUCCUAACUUUAAUUUAGGAGGGCAGAUAUUGUUGCGGUGACGGUGCCGGGCUCACGUGUUUUUACUGUGUUGUAAUUAUUAUUGAUUUUAAAAUGUAUAUUCAAUGUAAUUGGUUGUAUGGUUCCCUGGAUUCAAUGAAUGGGUGGUACUUUUCUGAUGAGGGAGAUGAAUGAGGGUUUAUUGGAAUGAAGCAUGUUGCUGUUCAUAUGA